AACAAAGAGGGACAAAGGUAUCACCGAAGAAAAGCUUCGAAUCUCUCGAAUCCCAACCAACCUCCAAGAACCCAUCCUCAAAACCCUAACCCUAACCCAUAGUUUCACGAUCUCAGAUCAUCAUCAUCAUCAUCAUCAUCAUCAUCAAUCUGUGAAACGGUUUUGAGAUUGAAUCGAUUUGAAUCAGAACUUGGGUGUGAGAAGAGAACACACAAAAUUAAAGAGCAGAGGGAGAUUUGAACAAUGUCUGCAAUUGUGUGUGGCAAGAGAUCUUUCUUCGAAGACAUUCCUUCAUCGCCACAAUCUUCAUCAUCGCCUCCUGUUUCCAAGAGGCUUCGCUGCUCUUCUUCCACCUCUCCGGUUCGCUUCUCUCCUUUCUCCAAUUCUCCGUCUCUCCUCGAUCAGCUCCGAGCUCGAUUCCCCGAUAUGGACAAUCAGCUUCUUGAGAGAGCGCUAGAUGAAUGUGGCAAUGAUUUAAAUGCUGCUAUCAAGAGCCUCCAUGAGCUUUCUCUUGGAUAUGCAGGAGGAAACUCAGAUUCUGCUGAGGAAUCGAAUGCAAAUAUGGAUAAAGGUUCAACAACCAAUGAUGGAGUUACAGCUCCUCCGGUGGAUCCUUCAGCCCAAAACUAUCUACAGAUGGAUGGUGCAGAAUGGGUUGAGUUGUUUGUGAGGGAAAUGACGAGUGCUACUAGCAUAGAUGAUGCUAGAUCCCGUGCAUCAAGAGCCCUGGAAAGCUUAGAGAAGUCUAUUACUGUACGUGCUGGUGCUGAGGCAGCACAAAGUUAUCAUAAGGAGAAUAUGAUGCUCAAGGAACAAAUUGAAGUUCUGCUCCGGGAGAACUCCAUUCUCAAACGUGCUGUGGCUAUCCAGCACGAACGUCAAAAGGAGUACGAUGAUAGGAACCAAGAGGUGCAACAUUUGAAGCAAUUGUUGUCUCAAUAUCAGCAGCAACUGAGGACUCUUGAGGUGAACAAUUAUGCACUGACAUUGCAUUUGCAGCAGGCUCAGCAAAGCAACUCUAUCCCUGGACGCUUCAAUCCCGAUAUCUUCUGAUAAAGAGAGGGGAACUUAAACAGCUUGAUUAUCAGAUCAGACAUGGGAUGUUUGCCAAAGAAUCCUUCUUUUUAUAAAUUUAUUUUGUUGCAAUAAUGUAAUAAUCUAGGUUUGGGAGACAAAAGAUGUGUAGGUUAAGGCUCCUGCGGCCUUUGUUCAAAAUCUGAUGGGCUGUCAUGUAGUAGUAAUUGUAAGACCUCAGUCAAUGUUAGGGUUGAUCAGAAAAAAUUGAAGUCUUGAAGUUAUUAUGGAUGUUUUAUUUGAUAAGUUUGCCGUCUAGUUUUGCCCGGAGUGGGUUUGUGCAGGAAAAAUUACUUGAAAUGUUGAAGAUGGUAGUGUCAAUCCCCAUCUAUGAUUUAAGACUCUUCAACAAUUCCAAAA